AUGUCUCUCGAACAAGUACCUGCUGACAUAUGGCUCCGUAUAGUAAGAUGCGGACUUUCUUUUCAAGACUUGCUUUGUAUCACGUCAUUAAGUAGAACGAUACAUUCUCAAUUAAUUGACGACGAAUACCUUUGGAACUUUGUAUGCUUUGAUAGGUGGGAACGUGUGUAUGCGGAUUAUGAAAUACCCAUACCGUACACCUGCAAAGGGUACGACAAGGCAAGGCUCUACUAUGGAGAUCAGUGUCUUUUUAUUCUGCAAUUGGAGUUGUAUGACCCUAAUAGCGAACACAAUUAUGACUAUUUUGAGGAAAGAUUCAGUACUGAUCCAAAAUUCAUCCCAAUUCUUUACAAUUAUUGCAAGGAAAAUGAAAUCUGUGUUGAUGAAUUUAAUCCCAUAGGUUUAACUGAAAUUUCCCUUGCUACGAAGUUGUUGGUAGCAGCCAUUCGACAUUUAGGGAUAAUAUAUUUCCAUCCUUUGAUUGAGGAAAUGGCAGGCAAAAAUAUGGUAAAAGCGGUACGAAACCUAGAUGUGCUGCCUGACUAUGAGCAGUUUUGGUUCAGAUUCAGUCUAUUUGACGAUGCAUCUCAUCGACUUGUAGAAGCUAGAAGAAAGAAGCUAUCAGAAAUUUCCGAAAUAUUACGUAAAAGGAUCUACGUGGGUAUGCUACUACACGAAGAGAAUGGCGGUAUUCUUAAAUAUGAUACCUCAAAUAGGACAAUUUACUUCGAAGAGCAGUCCAGUUUUGAAGCCUUUUUGUAUCGUGUUGUUCGUCUUAUUUUAAAGAAACUAACAAUAAAAGUACAUGAUGGUCAUUCUGAGACCUACAUGGGUGGAUACUAUUUAGAAGAUUUUAGUAUCCUCAGAAUUUAUUCCAACGAAGUUAUAGGACACACCUUUCUCAGAAAUGCUAUAGUGAUGAAGGUGAUUUCACAGUUCUUCAAAGGAAUGUCCAUCUUUGUUAAAGGAGUGGAUGAGAAGAUUGGGCCUAUUAAGGUAAGCUUAAGUAAGAAUUUUCUUAGUGUAAAUUCUUGCUCCAUAAGCAUUCUUGAGAAAAGCUCUAGAUCUGAUAAUGAAUUGCGUAUAUUCCACACUUCAACUAUAGAGUCUCGGCUAGUUUCAGUCCAUCACUUUGCAAGCAACGACGAUGCAGCACGAUACGUUUCACCUAUGAGCAUUUUCUACCUUCUACAAUACGUACUUUAUCUUAAUGGGCCUGUAAGGAAAUCCUUUUUUCUUUCUAUAGUCGAUAAGACAAAGGUAACUUCUUGGUUUCCGAAAUCUAAAACUGGAUUUCAUGAAGAAAACUAUGAACGUAUCAAGGAUCUAUUCUCGGGCAAGUUAUCGACUAUGAGAGGACUAAUUCCCCUAGAGGCUGCAUUCGGGAGAAGUGACCCCAGUUCAAAAUUGAAUCUGCUUUUUGUCUGGAGAGUAGAUUUGAAUAAGGAAGAAGAAUCGACCAAAACUGCACCAUUUGAGCUUGGAAUGUUUGUUCAUAAUAGUAGACUUGAUAUCGACGGAAUUAUCAUAGCUAAAAAGAGAACGGAUUUUGGAUGGUAUUUAGAAGUCUUGACCAAGCAAGGGACUAGAAUGGUUUUCAAAGAAUCCAGCCUUACAGAAUGUCGAGAAAUUAAUAGACUCAAGAGAUUUUUUAGUGAAGCUUCACUUGACAUAGUAGGGUUACAGUAUGUAAAAGCGUUUAACGGAAGGACAUUCGAAUUUUAUACCUAA